GUCCAAACACCCAAAGUUGGUGUAGUGACAAAUUAUACUCACCAGAGGAUGACUGUGCGAAGUGUAAGAGCGAUUUAAAAAUGUGGAUUACCAUAAAGGCUUACCCAAUAUCAGAGGUUUCAAAGUGUUAUUGGUCUAUGCCUAAUAUUAAAGAAGAGAUAGCCCAUAUGUGGAAUGCUUUGUCCGAGGCAGAAACAGUUAGAAGAGUUGACGCUCCUUAUGCAAAAUCAAAUCAAAGUAAAAAUAGUGCAUCAGAUCCUCGGUCUGAUGAAAAGAGAAAUAGGUUAAAAAGACGAAUUAACCACUCUUUUAACCCAGAGUUAAUAUUAAGUCAUCCUUGGUGGUUACUGGUAUUAGAAACGCCUAUACCGAGGUAUAAGGAAGAGUUUAAUAAUUUUUCUAGGGCAUAUCUUUGUAAUGCCAUUUGGUGGGAAAUUACAAACCCUACUAUGUGCAUCUAA